AUGAGUGACACGGAAAAUGUGGACACCGAAGAAAUCAAAGAAGAUGUGGAAGAUAAUUCUGAAAAAAAUCGCUCGAACAUAAAUGCAAAUCGUGGGGUGCAAUUAAGGCUAUUCAAAAAGCGAUAUUCAAAGAAAAGAGCAUACCGCGAAAAGAGACGGCGCUUAGCCCUUCAGGAAAAGAACGAUUCCAAAGAAUUUGUACAUGACAGUAAUGUAAUUAGUCGGCCAGAAGAACUUGCUGAAGAACAUCUAGAAGAACCGUCAACAUCCGAUGGACGAAGACACGCCGAAGAAAAGAUUAUUCACAUGCCAUCGGACGAAGAAACUGAAACGGCGAGUUCAGGAGAAAUGCAAGAAAUACAAAAUAUAAAAGAAGGCACAGAUGUAGAAAGUGCAACCAGCGAACGGGAAAACUUCAUUAUAGAAGAAGUAGUGAUGAACUAG